AGAACCGUUACUCACCCCCACCCCUGUAAUACACACUGUCUCUCUCUCUCUCACGCCGUCGCCAACUCUCCCAACCUUCUCUCCCAAGUUUCAAACGUCUUUUCCCCUGAAGUGAGGUGAACAACAUACCCCAAACAGUGUUCAAGACGCAGAACUUUGUGACUGUAACAACAGCUCCUUAAAGGUUUUGAGGUUCACUCUCAACUACGGCUACAUGGCGUGGGGCUAACAAGGGGGUGUUCCAGACAAAUAAGAAACAGCCCUCCCUCCAGUCCUCUUCUCCUCUCAAUCCCUCAAUUCUCAAUUUCCCCCCAAACUGACCUGUCCCCCUCCCUCUGUUAUCCUUUAUCUGUCGUUAUCUCUUCUUUUUUUAUUUUAGUCCUUCUCUCUUCCGUUAUUUUCGUCCUGUUCUCCCCCACCCUCUCUUCCCCCAUCCUGUCUUCCUCCCUCCUCCACUCUCCUCUCUUCCCGGCCUCUCUUGGACUCUGAUUUAGGCCACCAUGUGGUCCAACUACAUGGUUCAGACUGAGGAUGAUGGGCGUAUUGGGGUGGGAGGAAUUGGUCUUCAUGGGGGCGUGGCUGGCCUUGCUGGGGUAAAGGGAGGGGGGCGUGCUGCCCGAAGAAUCCCCAAGAUGAGUGACAGCCAGGAGGGGAAGAUCAAGCUGGCUUUCUUUGUGGCCAUUGUGGGCGUCACCCUAACCGUGCUGGGGGUGGGAACAGAGUUCUGGGUGGAGCUUGCCACGCCCAAGACCUGGAGCAACAACCAGACCUGUCAGACAGCCUACUAUGGCCUAUGGAAGGGAUGUACCCGCACCCUGUGGGUGGAUGACAUUGACCCAGAAAGAGAGAGUUGUGGACCUGCUGAUCUGCCUGGAGAAUCCAACUGCACUUACUUUAAAUUCCUCACAAAUGGAGACAACGCGGUCAUAUUCAAGAAGACGACCCAGAAGAACCUGAACAUAGCAGCUGCUGUACUAGCUCUGAUGGCUCUGUCUAUGAUGGUGAUGGGUGCUAUCUGUAUCAUCAUGUCCCUCAGCAAAGGAGUGCCCUUCUUCCUCAAGCCCGCCUCCUUCUGCUUCAUCCUAUCUGGUCUGCUGGUCCUGUUGUCAAUACUGGUCUUCCACCAGUCCGUGAUGGCCUUGUUGUCCACUGACCACUCCAUACCGCUCCAUCACGAACUCUCCUGGUCCGUGGCCUGUUUGGGCUUUUCUGGAGCCAUCCUCAUUCUGGGGGGUAUCAUCUUCCUGAUCCUGUCCCUCCCGUACAGCCCGUGGGAGAAAUGUCUGCCCCAACGCAACAGCAGCGCCACCUAGCACACGGGAGGCCAAUAGGCACACUACUGGGAAUUUAUUUUAAAUAUCAGGAGAGCAAUCAAACUUCAGUCCUCUAGGGAGGCACUGUCUGCUGGUUUUAGUUGUUGGGUUGAGCUUGAUCAGUUAUGUCAGAGUCCACUCAUAUGGUUACCCAGAAAUGUACCCUGAUUAGAAGGAAACAACCAAAACAAGCAGACACUGUUGCCAUCCAUGAGUAGGAGACCCCUCUUUUAUACUGUUGAUGACAAAAUAGAUGGACAGAUGGACAGAGUGACUGAAAGACUGAUGGACAGACUGACUAAGGGCUGAAAUCAAUACAAUUCAAUUCAAACUGCACUGCAGUAUUUACACAAUAGCUCUCUAUCCCGUUGCCAAAUUGGCCAAUAGAAUAAAAGAAUCGUACAGUCAGGUCUCAGAUGCUGUAUGAAAACCUGCUACCAGAAUGAAUGCCUUCACAGGUAUGCUUCCAUUUUUCAUCAGAAGUGUGUGACCAUGAUUACAGACACUGCGUAAACAUUGCCAUGGCCGGUUGAAAAUGAAUCCCAGCCUAACUGACUGACUGGCAGGUCUACACAGUUUGUACUUAAUGCAGAAACUAUUAUGCUCACCAGCAGUGACAUUAACUUUCAAUAACUCUACACGUUUGCCUAAAAACCUGCCAAUUUAACACAAAACACUAGAUGUAGAACAACCCCGCCUUCUUGUAUUGCGAUCAACUCAAACACCUUUUUAGAAGUUUCUAAUGACCCACCAAAUAACAAGCCAUGUCUCUAAGCAGAAACCAUUGGUAAUACUGUUUUAAGCAAAACCAAAACAAAACCUGCUUACCUUGUCCUUAAGGAAAUGACCCCAAAAAUAAAAAUGUAAUUUGGGUGAGCUAUCUAUUUAAGCACAAUCACACUCGACCACAUUGUAAAGACCUGGCAGUGGGUUUGCAGCAUCUUGCUUACGAUGUACAAACCUACUGCCCAAAUCACUUGCUGAUAGUGUUACCUUUCCAAUUACUUCACCUCAGGGGGUGGGAGUGUGGGGGCAUCUAUCUGGGGGGCUAUGGGUUGGAUAAAGUUCACAAGGUACCAUGGUAACAUAAAGGUCACUACUGUUGUUGAGGUAGGACCUACUUUAUCUUUCCCGCUACAUUAAACCCAUUGUUAAGGUAGGACCUACUUUAUCUUUCCCACUACAUUAAACCCAUUGUUAAGGUAGGACCUACUUUAUCUUUCCCACUACAUUAAACCCAUUGUUAAGGUAGGACCUACUUUAUCUUUCCCACUACAUUAAACCCAUUGUUAAGGUAGGACCUACUCUAUCUUUCCCACUACAUUAAACCCAUUGUUAAGGUAGGACCUACUUUAUCUUUCCCACUACAUUAAACCCAUUGUUAAGGUAGGACCUACUUUAUCUUUCCCACUACAUUAAACCCAUUGUUAAGGUAGGACCUACUUUAUCUUUCCCACUACAUUAAACCCAUUGUUAAGGUAGGACCUACUCUAUCUUUCCCACUACAUUAAACCCAUUGUUAAGGUAGGACCUACUUUAUCUUUCCCACUACAUUAAACCCAUUGUUAAGGUAGGACCUACUUUAUCUUUCCCACUACAUUAAACCCAUUGUUAAGGUAGGACCUACUUUAUCUUUCCCACUACAUUAAACCCAUUGUUAAGGUAGGACCUACUCUAUCUUUCCCACUACAUUAAACCCAUUGUUAAGGUAGGACCUACUUUAUCUUUCCCACUACAUUAAACCCAUUGUUAAGGUAGGACCUACUCUAUCUUUCCCACUACAUUAAACCCAUUGUUAAGGUAGGACCUACUUUAUCUUUCCCACUACAUUAAACCCAUUGUUAAGGUAGGACCUACUUUAUCUUUCCCACUACAUUAAACCCAUUGUUAAGGUAGGACCUACUUUAUCUUUCCCACUACAUUAAACCCAUUGUUAAGGUAGGACCUACUUUAUCUUUCCCACUACAUUAAACCCAUUGUUAAGGUAGGACCUACUUUAUCUUUCCCACUACAUUAAACCCAUUGUUAAGGUAGGACCUACUUUAUCUUUCACACUACAUUAAACCCAUUGUUAAGGUAGGACCUACUUUAUCUUUCCCACUACAUUAAACCCAUUGUUAAGGUAGGACCUACUUUAUCUUUCCCACUACAUUAAACCCAUUGUUAAGGUAGGACCUACUUUAUCUUUCCCACUACAUUAAACCCAUUGUUAAGGUAGGACCUACUCUAUCUUUCCCACUACAUUAAACCCAUUGUUAAGGUAGGACCUACUUUAUCUUUCCCACUACAUUAAACCCAUUGUUAAGGUAGGACCUACUUUAUCUUUCACACUACAUUAAACCCAUUGUUAAGGUAGGACCUACUCUAUCUUUCCCACUACAUUAAACCCAUUGUUAAGGUAGGACCUACUUUAUCUUUCCCACUACAUUAAACCCAUUGUUAAGGUAGGACCUACUCUAUCUUUCCCACUACAUUAAACCCAUUGUUAAGGUAGGACCUACUUUAUCUUUCCCACUACAUUAAACCCAUUGUUAAGGUAGGACCUACUUUAUCUUUCCCACUACAUUAAACCCAUUGUUAAGGUAGGACCUACUUUAUCUUUCCCACUACAUUAAACCCAUUGUUAAGGUAGGACCUACUUUAUCUUUCCCACUACAUUAAACCCAUUGUUAAGGUAGGACCUACUUUAUCUUUCCCACUACAUUAAACCCAUUGUUAAGGUAGGACCUACUUUAUCUUUCCCACUACAUUAAACCCAUUGCCUUGUGUCAACCAGAUUAAAUAUUAAAGGGAUACUGAGAGAUUUGGGUAUUUAAGAGUUUUUCUUUAACAUAUCCUGAAUCAGACAAUGUAAUUUAUAAUGUGUUUAUUUCUCUGUGUGCAGUUUAGAUGUUAGUCUAUAGAGUCACACUUCCAGGGCACAGUAGCCAGAUACCUUUCAAAGCAGGGACAUGCAUCUUUAUCUACUCUAAAGCUUUGCAAAAAUGUGUAGUCUUAUCAAGCCAUAGUCAUCAAGGUUUUAUACAUGAUUUUGGCAAAUCAUUAGCAUUUUACAUUUCCCUUCCUAAUUCUGUCCUGUUGCUGCACAGAGAUGUAUAGAGAUUACAGAUACGCUUUUUAUCUGUGGCGUAGCUGCCUUAAUGGGAUAGAUUUACAUUUUUGUCUUUCAGCAGAGGCUCUCGUCUAGAACAAUUGGUGUUAAAUGCCUUACUAAAGGACGCAAUAAUACAAAUAUCCCUGGCUCAGGUAUUCAAACCAGCAAACUUUCAGUUACUUGCACAGCACCCUAACAAUUAAGCUUUGCCACCCAGUCCUGUCCUUGGGGACUGAUCAUAUAAUAACUUUAUUUUCCAACUGCAAUUACUUCAUUUGACUCAAGGCAAUUGGACAUCCUAGUGAAAUAUCUCAAUCUCACAGUAUCCUUUUAAAAUGUUAUUACCUACUGAUGCCUUCCACUUACCAAUAGGAUUAGACCUGUCUAAGCAAUUUGCUCAAUAUUUAUUGCCUAUGUUGUCCACUCUUGUGUGAAUGCUGUUUGUACGUAAUGUGAGAAUGAAUGUAUGUGAGCAUGAAUUUCUAUGUAUGAAAGAUACAGAUUUAUAUUUGACAGUGUUUUGUAUAGAAUCAUUUUACAAGCACAUCUCUGUAUAUAAAAUGUGUUUAUAUUUUAUUUACUUGCAUACUGUAGCCUUUUGUUAAAGCCUAGCAGAUUUCAUUUUUAGCAGUUUAUUCAAUCCUUUGUUCAUCAUGUGAUUUAUUUGUCAUAGUCCAACUUGUCAUUCUCUUCUCACAUGUGAUCCUGAACGGUCUUAUAAUUCUGUCUCACUGGUUUUGCCUGUGAAAUAAAUGGAUUUUACAUACAAACA